CUCAGAGCCGAGCAGUGGCCGUCAAACGCGACUUCGGAGCUUAAGUGGAGAUUUUGUAUUACUUUAUCUUUUUUUAAUCCGGAGGAGAAAAGCCGCCGUGCAGCCGCUGGUCUCCGUAGGGCGAAGUCACCGCUGGGGACCGGGAGGAAAGACCUGUUGCCCGGCUGUGUUUGUGCGUGACUCCUCGCCGCGUCGGAGCCAAGAUGUUGCUUUGUGGACGGGAUGGCGUCGGCUCCCGCUGGUGUGCGCACACAUAAGCCUCGCCGGAGUACGAACCUUUCCCUCCCGAGUGUUUCUGUAGCUCGUCCUCUCCGGGAAGAUGCAUGUGUCUCUGGCCGAAGCCCUGGAGGUCCGAGGAGGUCCGCUCCAGGAGGAGGAGGUCUGGGCGGUGCUCAGCCAGAGUGCGGAGAGCCUCCAAGAACUCUUUCAUAAAGACCCUUCAGCCAUGGGCUUCAUCAUCUCUCCCUGGUCCCUCUUGCUCAUGCCCUCGGGCAACAUCUCAUUCACGGACGAAUAUGUGACCCAGCAGGACUUGAGAGCGUUCACAGCCCCUGAGGUCCUGGAGGGGCUUUCCUUGACUUCAGUCUCGGACAUUGAGAAGAUGCACAUGUACUCUCUGGGGAUGACCCUGUUCUGGGGAGCGGAUUACGAGAUCCCCCAAAGUCAGCCUAUGAAGUUGGGGGAACACCUGAACAGCCUGCUCCUCAACAUGUGCGAUGACGUCACAAUAAGUCGAAUGUCGCUGCGCACGGUGCUGGACAUCUGCAGCAAACACAUCCGAAACUCCACCUGUGACCCUCCCUUCUCCUACAUCCGAAAACUGGUCCGCUUGGUACUGGGCAGCCUUUCUCAGCUGGACGGUCUGUUGACUGAUAGAGAGUCUCUUCCGGAGCGGAGUAAGGAGAUUCGAGAGAGGCUGAGGGGAAAAGGUUUACCCUUGGGGAGGAGCGCCGCCCCCAGGGUUCUGGAGCGCUAUCGAGCCAGGACUCAGGAGCAGACAUCUCUUAACCGGGGCCUCAGUCGCUCCAUGGGAUCCCUACAGGGCCUGUUGAAGGGCGAGGAGGGGGCAGCCCAGCAGUAUCACCUGUCUGACUAUCACCACAGCUCCGAAUCCCCCACGGAACUUUACUCCAAACACCCCUCACUUCACCACCAGCACUCCUAUCCCUACCUGCACCCUCUUCACCCACAGCAAAAAGGCCGGCCGGUGGAACUGGACCGGAGGUCUUUACCCUACCACACUGGUGAUUUAGGCCCCAUUCAAGCCAGGAAGACUUGGGCUUCCUCUGUUGACUUGGCCUGCAUAGACCCAGAUGCUCUUCGUUUUGGGGCACUGGAGGAUGCUCGAAGGGGCAGCUCUGCUCUAAGUACCCACUCUAUAGGGAGGCACAAAUUGGCAUUGAGGCCAUCCAGGGAGAAGGACUCUUUCUACCCUGAGUUUACGGGGCUGAAGAGCAGGAAGCCUCAUCACCAUUCAGCCAUGUCGGUGGGCUCAGGCCUUCCUGGCGCCUAUGACAGGAUCAAGGAGAGACAGAGGAAACUUCAGGUGCUAAGGCACGCAGUAGAUGACCCAGUCCACACCCACCAGCGGUACAACAGUGAUUACAGUUCAUCCAGUGAAAGCCCCUCAGUGGCCUCCUCAGAUCCAGACUACAGACAAGCAAAGAAGCCGAGCGAGGCGCGGCGGUUCGGCUCCCAGCUGGCACUUUCCUCUGAACACGAUGUCCUGACGCUGACGAGUCACAACACACACAGGCACAGGCAGUAUGAAGGAGCUGAUGAAGGUCUGGGUGGCGCCGAGCUGCUCCUCCAGAAGCAGGAGGAGGAGGUGCAGCGGCUCCAGGCCCACCUGGCCAGCAGGCUGUCCAGGGCCAACCUCUACUCCGCAGACGAACCCCUGGCCCCAUCGCGCACCUCCAUGCUCGACCUUCGAGACCCCCUCUUCACCUCUUCUCUGCCACUCCGCAAACCCAAGAACUUCCUUGGGCCUGAGUUCGUGAAGAUGUCCAGCGAGCCCUGCGUAGCCUUAUCUGUUCCCUCUUCAAUAAUGAAACGUGGGAAGAUAGAGGAUGUGCAGAGAAAGGUGGGUGUGGUACUGCUGAAUGGCCAAAAGCUGGAGGUGAGCUGUGACAUCAAGGCGGUGUGUAAGGACGUCCUUGACAUGGUGGUUGCCCACAUCGGGCUUGUGGAGCACCAUCUCUUCGGCCUUGCAUACCUCAGAGAAACUGAAUUCUUCUUCGUCGAUCCCGAUGCCAAACUCUCCAAAGUGGCCCCAGACGGAUGGAAGGAGGAUCCUAAGAAGAAGAAAAGUGACGUGCCUUUUAACCUUUUCUUACGCAUCAAAUUCUUCCUUGAGGACAUCGGUCUCAUUCAGCAUGCCAUGACCAAACAUCAGUACUAUCUACAGCUGCGGAAGGAUAUCUUGGAGGAGAGGAUGCGCUGUGACAUAGAGAAUGCCAUGGUACUUUCGUCACUGGCGCUGCAGAAUGAAUUCGGGGACUACCAACCUGAGCUCCAUGGGAAGACCUAUUUCCGACUGGAACACUACCUGCCUGCAACCAUCCUGGAUAAGGUGGACCAAGCGACCCUCAAAGAGGAGCUGCCUAAACUUCACAGAAACUACUACGGAGUGUCUGAGUUGGAGGCAGAGUCUGAAUUCAUUGAGGUGAGCCAGAGGCUGACCGAGUACGGAGUCCACUUUCAUCGGGUGCUUCCUGAGAAGAGGUCUCAGACAGGCAUCAUGCUGGGUGUCUUUUCCAAAGGGGUGCUCAUCUUUGAAGUCCUUAACGGAAACCGUACCCCUGUGCUAAGGUUCCCCUGGAGGGACACGAAAAAGAUUUCCUUUGCAAAAAAGAAGGUUUGCCUGCAGAACACAUCAGAUGGGAUCAAGCAUCUGUUUCAGACAGACAGCAACAAGACGUGUCAGUAUCUGCUCCAGCUCUGCUCCGAUCAGCACAAGUUCCACCUGCAGAUGAAGGCCCGCCAAAACAACCAGGAGCUGCAGGAGUUAGAGAACUCCCCCCUGAGCAUUCUGCAGCAGUCUCUUGACCAUCGCAGUGGAGACUCGGUGGGAAGGACCUUCAGCUCAGGCAGUCUGGCCCCCACCUUAUCAACGCGCUCCAACCCAGACCAACUGAAGAGGAUCUCGUACUCGGAGGUGGCCCUCAACAAGCCACCCUCCGGCCAUAUGAUUGUCCAAGACAGACUUUGCUUCCCGGGUUUCAAUCCCGUGGCCUCCACGUCCCUUUCCAACCCCCGAACAAUGAGCCGCUCUCACCACAACCUCGGGCAGAUGCCGGAGUCUCCAGAGUACAGAGUGGCAGAGUCACAUCGUGGCCAGUCGCACAGUGGACCGAGUCAGCCACAGCCCAACCAAGUGGCCCCUCACUUCCAGCAACACCAGCGAGCCAGCUCCGACACGGACUCUCUGAUGCAGCAACAGGACAAGUCAUUCAGCACAGCGUCCUACAGCAGCCCGACCUGGAGCCUCAGCAUGUCCAAGAAAGAAUCUGACUCUUCUUCCAUGGAGGACAAUGGCCAAGCUUAUGUAGUAGGGGUCAGUAUGAACAGCUCCUCGGCCCCCCCCUCAACCCCAGCCUCUGUUAAUGAUUCCCUCAUGAAAAAGCUCAAUGCCUUACCGUCCCCAGAGAGAGAGAUCACAACUGUAAACCUGAAGAAAGAUGUGAAAUAUGGCCUAGGGUUCCAGGUUGUUGGAGGGGAGAACUCUGGUCGUUCGGAUCUUGGUACCAUCAUUAGCUCCAUCACUCCUGGGGGUCCUGCUGACGUCAACGGCUGCCUCAAACCUGGUGACCGGCUGAUCUCUGUGAAUGAAUUAAACCUAGAUGGGCUCUCUCACGCCUCCACGCUCGAAAUCCUUCAGAAAGCUCCGGAUGACAUCACUCUGGUGGUGUCACAGCCCAAGGAGAGGCUCUACAAAGAGUCUUCUUCAAGCCAUGUCCCCAACCAGGCCAAGUCUUCACUGACUGCACUUAGAUCUGCCCUGAGACGAGAAGCAGACGUUGAUAUCUCGUCGGAGGAGCAGAUGGAAACGAGAAGCCCCAGCCCUCCACCCGAUAGUCCUGGUCCACCAUCAGCUGCCUCGUCCACUGUCCCCCAGCACUCCAGCUUCAGUUCUCAGGACUCCAGGAUGAGCACUUUCGCGAAAAUCAGCCAGCCCCCUGUUAACGGAGUUCAACAGUGCCUAGAUAGAGUUGCGGCUGUUCCCACAGUUGCAUCCUCUUCCCAACAUCUGAGACCAGAACCUAACGUGGACAUGGAUCCUGCGCCGCCGGCUCUGCCUCCCAAAACCAGAAAAGCUAAAGUGGCAGAAGCUCCCAAAGUUUCCGAGCACUCCGACUGGGGGGAUUCAGACAUGGAUGAGGAGACGUAUUCCAAUAGUCAAGAGAAACACAAAGUCAAAAAGGAACACAUCGUGGAAAAUGUAAAUGGUAAUGCCCCAGGGGUCAAUAGUCUCCGACCAGGAGAACUAGUUGACAUUGAGCUGUCCAAAAAAGACAGCAGCCUGGGCAUAAGUGUCACGGUACUGUUCGGCAAGGGCGGAGUCAACACAACCGUUCGUCAUGGAGGCAUCUACGUCAAAGCCAUCAUUCCGUCAGGUGCAGCAGAGCUGGAUGGAAGGAUACAGAAAGGUGACCGCGUCGUGGCCGUCAAUGGAAGGAGUCUGGAGGGAGCCACUCAUCAGCAGGCGGUAGAGUCUCUCAGGGACACUGGGCAGACAGUGCACUUGCUGCUGGAGAAGGGUCACCCGCCUGCAGACAGAAUCCAGACUCCCCUCACACCUCAGCGCACUCCACCUCAUGCCGGCAGCAACCGAGAACAGGCCAAGAACAGAGAGCAGCCGCCGGAGGUCAAAGUGAAACCAGAGUACAGCUUUAUCACACAAGACAAUGUGUUUGAGGUUCUUCUCCUGAAGAACACCUCAGGGCUGGGCUUCAGUUUUAGUCGAGAGGAGAACAUCCCCGGUGAACCUCCCCCCGGCUCCAGCAUGGUGCGAGUUAAAAAGCUGUUUCCCGGUCAACCGGCCGCAGAGAGCGGUCGCAUCAACGUGGGCGACAUCAUCAUGCGGGUCAAUCAAACGCCCCUGAAAGGACUCUCGCAACAUGAGGUGAUAUCAGCUUUACGAGGAACAGGUCAGGAGGUGACUUUACUCCUCUGUAGACCUGAACAUGGUAUUCUUCCUGAGAUGGACCAUUCAGCCGUGACACCCAUGCCAUCCCCCCGAAAGCAGGUGCUGACCCAGGUAGAGCCGAGCCCGAGCAUAGGCAGGAAGGCCUCUCCGCCGGCUCUGCAGGCCAAUAGGAUUCAGGGCGCCGUGGAGGAGGCCCUGGAGAGGCUGCUGAUCAAAACCCCCGGCCGACGUAACAGCUACAGCGACAGCACAGACGGGGAUGAGGAGGUGGAGGAAGCCUUCAGCCCGAGCGCCAUGGAGCACAGCAGGCAGACAUGGGAGCAGAGCCUCUACCACAACCCCGGUAGCAACCUGGGAAUGGGACGCUACGACAGCACCGGUCACCUGGACGAGAUCGCUCACUCAGCCUUCUACUCCCCAAACAUGCAAAGAUCAGACCUCAGCCACAGGCAUCCAUCAUCCCCUGUCACAACUGAUCUGGAGUCCCCCUCCCUACCGAUGCUGUCCUCCCACUCUGCCCCAAGCCCUGAUCCACUACCUCCUCCACUGCCUCUGCCCUUAAACCUCACCAUGUCUGGCAAUGGACAGGACAUAGAGGAGUUUGUUCCGGAGGUUGAGCUGAGUGUGUCCUUGAUGAAGUCUGAAAAGGGCAGCUUAGGCUUCACCCUCACCAAAGGUAAUGAUCAUGGCUGUUACAUCCAUGACAUCGUCCAGGAUCCAGCCAAGUCAAAUGGACAACUCAGGCCUGGAGACAGAAUGAUUAUGGUGAACGACACAGAUGUGAGUAGCAUGGGUCACACUGAAGUGGUCAACCUGGUGCGUGCUGCCCCUCGGUUAGUUGAUUUAACUGUGGGGAGGGUCCUGGAGGCUCCCAAACCCCCCAUUGAAGCCCACUUGCUGCCGGACAUCUGUUUCAAGGACAACCAAGAACCACUGGGUUUGGUUCUGGACGGCGGCAGCGACAGCGUGUAUGGAGUCUUGUUUGUAAAAGACGUCCUGCCAGGAUCACCGGCCUUCAACGAAGGCAGCCUGAAACCACUCGAUUUAAUCCACUACAUCAGCGGCGCUCCCACCCAGGACCUGACACUCAGCGAGAACGAGAGGCUGCUGGAGCUCUCCCUCGACGACCUGACGCUCAAGGCCACAAGGGAUGGAAAGCCUGUUUUUCCAUCUGGGCAGAAAGGUUUCUAUUUUCAUGACAACAUCAGCCCCAAGGUUUCAUCCGGCAUGAAUGGUUUUCUUACAGAGGAGGAAUCAAGAGAUACAGAGGGUCUCGCAGCACUUUGUCCCUUAGAGGAGGAAAUUAUACAGCUGGAUCUGGACAAGCCGCAGGCCGGAGGUCUGGGUUUCUCUGUGAUCGGGGGGGAGAGGGGGAUCUUUGUGAAAUCCAUCACUCCAGGAGGGAUAGCAGAGUCCUCGGGGCAACUGCAAGUGGGAGACAGGCUGCUGAAAGUGAAUGAAGAGCUAAUGACAGGUGUGUCCCACACCAAGGCCGUCACCACCAUCCGUAAAGCUAAAGGCCUGGUGCAUCUCAUAGUGUCCAGACCGCCAGACCAGAGCCCAAACACAUACCUCGCCUAUCUGCCCAUCAACUCUGACAUGUGCAAUGAAAACACAGAUCUGAGCGAGGACAGUGGGGUGAAGACGAAGCUGGGUUCUCCUCACGAUGAGAUGAAAUCUGGCGGCUUCCCUCCCAUACCACCAAUAGACUAUGAAGAUGAUCCGGCGCAGAGGAGGGAGGCGGAGCACAGUGCAGAUUUCUCUGAGGACACAGACUGUGAUGGCUCUUCUCUACCUGAAGACUCCCCUGAGAGUUCAAGAAAAGCGGAAUGGCAAGAGGAGAGUGUUGACGACCCAAGAAAUGAAAAAAUAAACAGCUAUCUGCAAAUGAGCGCUGGACAGCCAGAGGAGGAUGAAAUCACAUGGGGAAGUGAUGAAUUGCCGAUUGAGAACUUGAACUCCAAAUCAAGAGAGGACGGGCCAAUCAUCACAGAGGACGAGCUGACCUCUCUGCCGCUGGUCAAAGUGGUGCCUGACGGCCAGUACACGGGACCGAAGCUCAACACGGUGGUCCGCAUGAUGAGGGGCCUCCUGGAGCAGAAGGUCCCGCUGCAGGAGUUUGAGAAUCUUCAAAACCUCCAGCCACUGGAUGACUGUUUAAUAGGUCAGACGAAGGAGAACAAGAAGAAGAAUCGCUACAAGAAUAUCGUUCCCUUUGACACCACUCGAGUUAUGCUGGGCAACGACGGGGGCUACAUCAACGCCAACUUUGUCAACAUGCCGGUGAAGGAUGAGAACUUCAUGUACAUCGCCUGCCAGGGACCUUUGCCCACCACUCUGGGCGACUUUUGGCAAAUGGUUUGGGAGCAGAAGUCCAACGUGAUCGCCAUGAUGACCCAAGAGGUCGAGGGCGGCAAGGUGAAGUGUCAGCGGUACUGGCCGGACACCUGGAGGACGGCAGAGAUGGUGGACGACAGGUUGCAGGUCACGCUGAUCAAAGACCAGUAUCUGGACAACUUUGUCAUCCGACUCAUUGAGCUCAAAGACGUCCUGACCAAUGAGAUCCAGCUUGUGACUCAUCUGAACUACACGGGAUGGCCCGACCACGGGACGCCGUCACAGCCCGAGCAGCUGCUCACGUUUAUUUCCUACAUGAGGCACGUUCAUCGGUCGGGGCCGAUAAUCACACACUGCAGCGCCGGCAUCGGCCGUUCAGGAACCCUCAUCUGCAUAGACGUGGUUCUGGGUCUCAUCAGUAAAGAUGCCGAUUUUGAUAUUUCAGAUGUCGUCAGGAACAUGCGACUUCAGAGGCAGGGAAUGGUCCAGACAGAGGACCAAUAUAUCUUUUGCUAUCAAGUGAUCCUCUACGUCCUCAGGUGCCUUCAAGCAGAGGAAAGCAUCUCGGGAUAGGAGACGCCACAUAUCGACAACGCGUGCUGGGCGACUGUUAUCACCAGAGCAAAACUAAAAUGCAGAGUUGACACAGGCAGAAAUUGCCAAAUUUACACUACAUGUUUUUAAAAUGCCUUAAAAUGUUCGGCUCCUCGAGAGCAAAUCCUUUUAAGAAGUCUAUAUUUUUAUGUUUGCUUUUUUGAGUUUUCUCUCUUUGGCUGCUACUCCCUGUCAAUGCAUUUACGAGAACUGCUGAUUGUAUUUCCUGUUGUCACCUACAAGAGAACACUUAUGUUUUUUUUUUUUUUUCAAUUCUUGGAUAUUCUAAAAUAAUUAUAAAAGUGAUCAAUGAUCUCAUAUUUUAUGUGGAACAAAUUUGUACUUGUGUAAUAUGAAUCCUAUUUUAAUGCUGGAACAUGCCUUGACAGAAUACUUUGUCAGUAUUUGCUUUGUAAAUCUAUUUUACAGUAAUUGCUCACUGCCUUAGGUAAAUGAUGAAAUUAAAAGUGUACAUAUUCAUCUCCUGAAAAUUAAACUGGAUACAUUUUAA